CUUUUACUUGCAUGAAUAUUGUUCAAAUGUCACAUGAGCCAUCCACCGGCUGCACGUGUCUUGCGCACGGUAUUUCCGGGGAGGAAGGAGGCGCGGGGUAGUACGCAUGAGCGGGAAUAAGCACAAAAAAAGAUUUGUUUGUAAUCUCAUCUGCAGAGUUUUUCACUCCGGGUCCGGCAGCUGUUAUUACUGUGGGGAUUAAGGAGCCUUUUGCCAGUAGUCCUGUAAAUGCACAGCUAGAAUGAUCUGUUUGUCAUGGAACUUAAAUGACAGGAAACCCCUUAUUUGGACAUUUCAGCACUGGACAGCUUCCUGCGUGUGCGGGCGUUUGGGAUGUGGCAGGGCUGCUUUGCCACAGCUGGAGGUGGGCAGGAGCUGAGCGCGUGGAGGACCCUCCACAGCAUCCCUCCCACCGAUGCAACUAACACGUAGCUGCAGGAGAUGAGCAUCCCGCGGUUCCUCCUGGAGGGAUCCAUCGUGGUUUCGGCAGUGGUCACGCUCUUGACGAACUUUUCGGUGCUGAUAUGUUUUGCCCAGAGCGCAGAGUUACGAUCCCACGUUCCAGGGAGCUUCGUCCUGAAUCUCUCCAUCUCCAACAUCCUCCUCGCUCUCAUCAACAUGCCUGCCACUUUUCUGGGGGUGGCCAGCGACGCAAACCCCCUCAGGGCCCAAAUGUGUCGCGCUGUCAGUUUUGCCGAGACUUUCAUCACCUGCAACGCCAUGCUAAGCAUGGCCGCGCUCAGCGUGGACAGGUGGGUGGCGGUGGUCUUCCCUCUCAGGUAUUCCAGUAAGAUGCGCUACAGGGACGCUUUUGUGAUCGUGGCUUACUCCUGGCUCCACUCCCUCACUUUCUCUCUGACCCAGCUGACGAUGGACUGGGGGGCGUACAGCCCCACGUACGCCUCCUGCACGCUGCACCUGGACGCGGAGCAGGCGUCGCAGCGGAGCGCCUAUGCCGCCUUCACGGCGCUGCUCCACUGCGGCAGCUUUGCGCUCUGCCUCUUCGUCCUCUGCUUCGCCUACCUGAAAGUUCUGAGAGUGGCCAGGUCGCACUGCAAGAGGAUAGAUGUCAUCACGGUGCAGAGUCUGCUUCUGCUGGUGGAUCUUCACCCCAGUGUGAAGGAGAGAUGUCUGGCUCAACAAAGGAAGAGAAGGCAGCGAGCCGCUAAGAAGAUCUGCGUCUUCAUUGGUUCCUUCGUCAUCUGUUUUUCACCGUAUGUCAUAACGAGGCUCGUAGAAUUGCUGCCCUCGGUGUGCAUCCCCCGACAUUGGGGCAUUGCUACCAAAUGCUUAGUCUACGUCAAGGCAUCAAGUGACCCAUUCGUCUACUGUCUUCUUCGACACCAGUACAGGAAGGUCCUGGUGAGCGUCAUCCGCCGCGUUGUGAGAAAGGACCGGUACUUCCUGUCUGCCCACAGCACCAGCAGCAUGUGGGACACAACAGAUGCAAACUUCCCUGAGAGGAUAACCUGAAUUCUACUGAUUUACGAGUGUGAGCAGGACAGUUCUUCUGUCCCUCGUCCAGGAAGGCCAGAGGUUAGUGUUUGGAGUGGGGCCAGAAGGUGGAAAGAAGUCGAGGCUUAGUUGAGGGAGGUCACUUGAACCCGGAGCUGGACAGCACUGUCCGCUGGUAGAGUGAUGAAGUAAUCGGACUCUAACACGGCUGGUUGUGCGCGCCGCUAAGAUGGAACGCCACAUGAAAACUAAGACAUCAUGUGUAUCCCUGUCUUGACAUGUUUCUGGACUGAUGUAACAAUGAAUUUUUGUAUGACAUUGUUUGAGAGAUGUCACAGCUGACAUUAUGUCUUGGAACGUUUCGACUCCUGGACUGGUGUUGAAACGUUUUUCAGAAAGAACUGAGCGAAAGUCUGGUUGCCUCCAAUUAAAGCCUGUUUGUUUGCUAUGCCUCGUGUUAUUGAACUGCUACUGUCGUGCAGAAAAAAAUGCAAAUAAAUAUGUGUGAAGAUAUUAUAUAACAACACGAACACAAUUUAAAUACCCCCACAUGCACACGGGGACACGCUGAGUCAUGCAUGAUCUCAUCAGACACAGGCUUUCUCCCGCUGAUUGAGCGCCAGUUAUCAUCAUAAUCACAUGCAAAAGUGAACCCAGUGCAGAAUUUGGAUGAGAGGACAGAAAAGUUGAUGCCUCCAUUUGGCUAAACAGCACAAAAAGUGAAAGGUUGAUUGAUUGGGCUAACCAGUCCUGACUUUCAACAUUUUGUUUAUGCUACAUUUGGACACAGGACUGCCUGACCAGUGUCCCUGGAGGUUUAGUGUUUGAAGGAACCUCCAACAGAUAUUCCAUUGGGUUGAAAUUAGGGAAUUUUAGAGGCCAUCGCCCACAGCUGAUUGAUUUACUACCCAAACUAUUCUCCAACCCCUUCUGCUUUGCAGCAAGAUGCAUUCCCAUGCUGAGUGAGGCCGCAGCCAACAAAGAAUACUGUUUGUGUGAAAGGGUGUACAUGGUUUUGAAAAACGCAAUCUGAUGUAGGUCAGAGAUCAAAGUAAUAUCCACAUGAGUGGCAAGACACGUGAUUUCUGCCUGCCUCCCAUACCGCAUUGCUUGGAUCAUGUGUUUCUCAAAUAUGCAUACAAAUAAGGCUGUUCACUGGAUGUUAAAGAUGUGAUUCAUCAGACCAGGCCACCUCCUUACACGGCCCCACGGUCCAUGACGGUGCCCUUAGUUGAUGACAGGGGUCAGCAUUUGCACCCUGACUUUUCUGCAUCUAUGCAUUCUCAUGUACAACAAACAGUGAUGUCCUGUGCAUCUUGACAUCCUUGCAUCAGCACCUGCAUUAACCUCUUCAACAGUUUGAGCUAAAGUGUUAGCUUGACUGUUACACACAGGUCAUCAUUUGUUCCCCGUGUUCAUGUUGGAAGUCUGGGCUAAUACUGACCACUGUAGACCAGAAGCAUCCCAACAGAGGUGCGGUUUUCUAGGAUGUUCUGACAAAGUCCUCUGGUCUUCACAGUUUGGCUCUUGUCAAUCCUUGCUCGAAUCUUUGCACUUACACAUCAAUCUUGAGGACAAAAUGUUCAGUUGGUGCCACGAAUAUACGCUUUAUGGAGAGAUACAAUGAAGCCCAAUAUUAUUCACCACACAUUCAGACUGAAGUUUAAAGUGAAAUUUAAAUUUUAUCAAUAUGGCUCUUCUGAGUAGAAGUCAUUUUAAUAUUUUGUAGCAGCCCAGCCAGAACUCUGACUUGAAUCUGAUGGAGAAUCUGCAGAGGUAGCAAUACAUUAGAGUGAUGUCAUGGAAGCACAAGAGUUAGGGAGUUCGUCCUGCGUUUGGAGGAUUGCCGGUUCGAUCCCCCGCUCCAAUCGUCUCAGUCGUUGUGUCCUUGGGCGAGACACUUCACCCAAAUUGCCCGCUGGCGGUGGUCCGAUGUUUGUCACCUCUGUCUGUCAUGCCACCGGGCAGCUGUGGCUACUAACAUAGCUCACCACCAUCAGGGUGUGAAUGGGUAAAUGACUGACUGUAAUGCUAAUGCGCUUUGGGGUUAUCAGAUUAGUUAAAGCGCUAUACAGGUAGAAGCCACUUACGAUUUUUACCAUAAAUCAUCAAAAUAUCAUUGGAAACAUAAAGAUCUGGUGAGCAAUUAUAGGAAGAGUUUGCUUGCUGUUAUGUCAAUAAAGAUUUUACCACUGA